AUGGAGCAGAAAGCCGAAUGGAUAAACGCUGAGGAAACAUUGUUUUACUUUCCGCUAUCCGUAUAUCCACGUAUUAACGAAUUGAAAGAAAAUAUUUUGCCAUUUUACGCUUUGAUUUAUCGUGGUUAUCAAUGGCAAAGAGAUCGUGGAGUUUGGCUGGAUGGUCCUUUUGAGUAUCUUGAUGUGCAACAGAUUGAGGACAAGCUCAAUCAAUACUUAAUCGAUUUUACCAAAACCAAUAAGCAAUUCAGGACAAGAAUCAAAAUGCAAAUUGCAAUUAAUUAUCCAUACAGCUUUGCAGGAUUAAUAGAUGAUCCCGACCCAUUCCAACAACCGUCACCUUUAAAAUUAUGUCAUCAACUGGCAGAAGAUGUAAAAUGGUUUAAGCAAUACAUUCCGUUAUUAGCCAUCUUUCGCAAUCCAGCAAUGCGACAAUUACAUUGGGACAAUAUGUCGACCAUUGCAGGAUUCGAUUUAACACCGGAUGCUGGUGCAACAUUAAGAAAAAUAAUCAAAAUGAACUUGAUGGAAGACAUAGAAAAAUAUGAGACAAUCAGUAGCGGCGCGACAAGGGAAUUAGGACACGAGCAAUCACUUAUGAAAAUGAUAAGCGAUUGGGAAAACAUGUUUUUUAUUACUGUUCUAUACAAAGACACACAUGUUUCGAUUUUAACACAGUUGGAUGAUAUAUUAGCGUUGUUAGAGGAACACAUAGUGAAAAUACAGGCAAUGCGAGGAUCGGCUUUCAUAAAAGUUAUCGAAGAUGAAGUCAAAUUAUUUUAUAACCUACUUCUUCGUAUGCAGUCGACAAUUGACGAAUGGACGAAGCUGAUAUCAAUGGUACAGCAUCUGAUCUUAAAUAUAUUCUGUUCGGAUUUAAUAGUGUAG